AUGAGCAGGCUCUUUAAAGGCAGCACGCCAGGACUCUUACCACGAAACAACAGUAUCGACCGAACGCUCAACCCGACAACCUCACCACAGACUUCUGGUUCGGAGAAACCAUGCAGUCUUUCCCGGUCACCGGACUUCGCCUCCCAGGCUUAUCAGGAAGCUGAAGAUAUCGAGGCGCCUCGCUCGCCCCUCGGGAGCAAUGAGAAACCUGAGGUGAUCUAUCCUGAAGGAGGUCUACAAGCAUGGCUUGUCGUCUUCGGCUCCUUUGCGGGCAUGACGGCCGGGUUUGGUCUGAUGAACACUAUUGGUGUCUACCAGGCCUACGUCGCCGAGAAUCAGUUGUCGGAGUACAGUGAGAGUACCAUUGGAUGGAUCUUCAGCCUCUAUGUAUUCCUGAGCUUUUUCUGUGGUCUGCAGAUUGGACCCAUCUUCGAUGCGAAAGGACCACGUAUGCUGGUAGCUGCUGGGACGGUAUUCCUCCUACUCUGUAUAUUUCUGCUCGGGCUCUGUACCAAGUACUGGCACUUCAUGGUCGUCUUUGGAGUGCUCGGUGGCAUCGGCACAUCCCUAAUCUUCACACCAGCCGUAUCAGCCAUCGGCCACUUUUUCUUUGAGAAACGUGCAAAUGCCACUGGUCUCGCAGCGACAGGCGGCUCGAUCGGCGGCAUCAUUUUCCCGUUGAUGUUCCAAUCAUUGGUACCCAAGCUUGGAUUCGCUUGGGCUACAAGAAUCCAAGGCUUCAUCUUCAUAGCCUUGUUGAUUCCUGCGAACUUGUUGAUCAAAACUCGACUACCACCCAGAUCUGGAGGCUCGGUCGUUCCGGACUUCACGAUUUUCAGACAACCAGCUUUUGCUUUGGCGACGGCCGGAACGUACUUCUUGGAGUGGGGGCUGUUUGUGCCGAUCACGUAUCUCGCGAGCUACAGUUUGGUCUCUGGCGCCAUGACCCAGACCUUCGCCUUCCAGAUCAUUGCGAUCUUUAAUGCUGGCUCUUCGCUUGGUCGAUGGGCCCCAGGCUACAUGGCUGACAAGUUUGGACGGUACAACACGAUGAUCGGCACUACACUCGGGUGUCUGACAAGCUCACUUGGCCUAUGGCUUCCAGCUACUGUUCUAUCGGAAGCCGAACAUGUUCCCAAGUCGGCAGUAUACGGUCUGAUCGUCACUUACGCGGUCAUCAUGGGGUUCGCUUCAGGUUCGAACAUCUCUCUCACACCGGUCUGUGUCGGCAUGCUGUGCGAUACUCAAGAGUACGGACGCUACUACGCAACUUGCUAUACUAUUGUGUCCUUUGGGACUCUUACAGGAGUGCCAAUUGCAGGAGCAAUCAUCCAAGCCAGCGGAGGAGCUUAUUGGGGCGUGGCGCUUUUCACUGGUCUGUGUUACGUGUGUGCCGGCGUAGCAUUUACGACUGUGAGGGUUAUGAAGGUUGGUUGGAAGUUGAACGCGAAGUACUGA